CGGAGGAGGAGGCGGAGGAGGCGGGAGCUGAGCUGAGCGGGGCGGGCGGCGGCGGCGGGGCCCGAGCCCGAGAAGAUGGCGGUGCGGAAGAAGGACGGCGGGCCCAACGUGAAGUACUACGAGGCCGCGGACACCGUGACCCAGUUCGACAACGUGCGGCUCUGGCUCGGCAAGAACUACAAGAAGUAUAUACAAGCUGAACCACCCACCAACAAGUCCUUGUCUAGCCUGGUUGUACAGCUGCUACAGUUUCAGGAAGAAGUUUUUGGCAAACAUGUCAGCAAUGCACCACUCACUAAACUGCCGAUCAAAUGUUUCCUAGAUUUCAAAGCAGGAGGCUCCCUGUGCCACAUACUUGCAGCUGCCUACAAAUUUAAGAGUGACCAGGGAUGGCGGCGUUACGAUUUCCAGAAUCCAUCACGCAUGGACCGCAAUGUGGAAAUGUUCAUGACCAUUGAGAAAUCCUUGGUGCAGAAUAACUGCCUAUCUCGACCUAACAUUUUUCUGUGCCCAGAAAUCGAACCCAAACUGCUAGGGAAAUUAAAGGACAUUAUCAAGAGACACCAGGGAACAGUCACUGAGGAUAAGAGCAAUGCCUCCCAUGUUGUGUAUCCCGUCCCAGGGAACCUGGAAGAAGAGGAAUGGGUACGACCAGUCAUGAAGAGGGAUAAGCAGGUUCUUCUGCACUGGGGCUACUAUCCUGACAGUUACGACACUUGGAUCCCAGCCAGUGAAAUUGAAGCAUCUGUGGAAGAUGCUCCAACUCCUGAGAAACCUAGGAAGGUUCAUGCGAAGUGGAUUCUGGACACAGACACUUUCAAUGAAUGGAUGAAUGAGGAAGACUACGAGGUGAAUGAUGACAAAAGCCCUGUCUCCCGCCGAAAGAAGAUUUCAGCCAAGACACUGACAGAUGAGGUGAACAGCCCAGAUUCAGACCGACGGGACAAGAAAGGGGGGAACUAUAAGAAGAGGAAGCGCUCUCCCUCUCCUUCACCAACCCCAGAAGCUAAGAAGAAAAAUGCUAAGAAAGGUCCCUCAACACCUUACACCAAGUCAAAGCGUGGCCACAGAGAGGAGGAGCAAGAAGACCUAACAAAGGACAUGGAUGAGCCUUCACCAGUCCCCAAUGUAGAGGAGGUGACAUUGCCUAAAACAGUAAACACUAAGAAGGAUUCCGAGUCAGCCCCAGUCAAAGGAGGCACCAUGACUGACCUGGAUGAACAGGAGGAUGAAAGCAUGGAGACCACGGGCAAGGAUGAGGAUGAAAACAGUACAGGGAACAAGGGAGAGCAGACGAAGAACCCGGACCUGCAUGAGGACAAUGUGACUGAACAGACCCACCACAUCAUUAUCCCCAGCUAUGCUGCCUGGUUUGACUAUAAUAGUGUUCAUGCCAUUGAGCGGAGGGCUCUCCCUGAGUUCUUUAACGGCAAGAACAAGUCCAAGACUCCAGAAAUCUACCUGGCUUAUCGAAACUUCAUGAUUGACACUUACCGGCUGAACCCCCAAGAGUAUCUUACCUCCACUGCCUGCCGCAGGAACCUGGCGGGUGACGUCUGUGCCAUCAUGAGGGUCCAUGCCUUCCUAGAGCAGUGGGGUCUUAUUAACUACCAGGUGGAUGCUGAGAGUCGACCAACCCCGAUGGGGCCUCCGCCCACCUCUCACUUCCAUGUCUUGGCAGACACGCCGUCAGGGCUGGUGCCUCUGCAGCCCAAGACACCGCAGGGCCGCCAGGUUGAUGCUGAUACCAAGGCUGGGCGAAAGGGCAAAGAGCUGGAUGACCUGGUGCCAGAGACGGCUAAGGGCAAGCCAGAGCUGCAGACCUCUGCUUCCCAGCAAAUGCUCAACUUCCCUGACAAAGGCAAAGAGAAACCAACAGACAUGCAGAACUUUGGGCUGCGCACAGACAUGUACACAAAGAAGAACGUCCCCUCCAAGAGUAAAGCUGCAGCCAGUGCCACUCGAGAGUGGACGGAACAGGAGACCCUGCUACUCUUAGAGGCACUGGAAAUGUACAAAGAUGACUGGAACAAAGUGUCAGAACACGUGGGAAGCCGCACGCAGGAUGAGUGCAUCUUGCAUUUUCUUCGUCUUCCCAUUGAAGACCCGUACCUGGAGGACUCAGAGGCCUCCCUGGGCCCCCUGGCCUACCAGCCUAUCCCCUUCAGUCAGUCAGGCAACCCUGUUAUGAGCACUGUUGCCUUCCUGGCCUCUGUCGUCGAUCCUCGAGUCGCCUCUGCUGCUGCGAAGUCGGCCCUAGAAGAGUUCUCCAAAAUGAAGGAAGAAGUACCCACAGCCUUGGUGGAGGCCCACGUUCGGAAAGUGGAGGAAGCCGCCAAAGUGACAGGCAAGGCGGACCCAGCCUUCGGUCUGGAAAGCAGUGGUAUCGCCGGAACCACCUCUGAUGAGCCUGAGCGGAUCGAGGAGAGCGGGACUGAUGAGGCACGGGCGGAGGGCCAGGCCACAGAGGAGAAGAAGGAGCCCAAGGAGCCCCGGGAAGGAGUUGGGGCUGUCGAGGAAGAAGCGAAAGAGAAAACCAGCGAGGUUCCCAAGAAGGAUGAAGAGAAAGGGAAACAAGGUGACAGCGAGAAGGAGUCAGAGAAGAGCGAUGGGGACCCAAUAGUCGACCCCGACAAGGAGAAGGAACCAAAGGAGGGGCAGGAGGAGGUGCUGAAGGAAGUGGUGGAGUCAGAGGGGGAGAGGAAGACGAAAGUGGAGCGGGACAUCGGCGAGGGCAAUCUCUCCACCGCUGCUGCUGCUGCCCUGGCUGCUGCCGCUGUGAAGGCCAAGCACCUGGCCGCCGUGGAGGAGAGGAAGAUCAAAUCGCUGGUGGCCCUGCUGGUGGAGACCCAGAUGAAAAAGUUGGAGAUCAAACUCCGGCACUUUGAAGAGUUGGAGACGAUCAUGGACCGGGAGCGAGAGGCACUGGAGUAUCAGAGGCAGCAGCUCCUGGCCGACAGACAAGCCUUCCACAUGGAGCAGCUGAAGUACGCAGAGAUGAGGGCCCGGCAGCAGCACUUCCAACAAAUGCACCAACAGCAGCAGCAGCCACCACCAGCCCUGCCCCCAGGCUCCCAGCCUAUCCCACCUGCGGGCACUGCUGGGCCACCCGCAGUUCACAGCUUGGCCAUGGCUCCGGCCUCUGUGGCCCCUGCUCCUGCUGGCAGCGGGGCCCCUCCUGGAAGCAUGGGCCCCUCUGAACAGAUUGGGCCCGCAGGGUCAACGGCAGGGCCGCAGCAGCAGCAGCCAGCUGGAGCCCCCCAGCCUGGGGCGGUUCCGCCAGGGGUACCCCCCCCUGGACCCCAUGGCCCCUCACCGUUCCCCAACCAACAAACUCCUCCCUCAAUGAUGCCAGGGGCAGUGCCAGGCAGCGGGCACCCAGGCGUGGCGGGUAAUGCUCCUUUGGGUUUGCCUUUUGGCAUGCCGCCUCCUCCUCCUCCUCCCGCUCCAUCCAUCAUCCCAUUUGGUAGUCUAGCUGACUCCAUCAGUAUUAACCUGCCCCCUCCUCCUAACCUGCAUGGGCAUCACCACCAUCUCCCGUUUGCCCCGGGCACUCUUCCCCCACCUAACCUGCCUGUGUCCAUGGCGAACCCUCUACAUCCUAACCUGCCGGCGACCACCACCAUGCCAUCUUCCUUGCCUCUCGGGCCGGGGCUCGGAUCCGCCGCAGCCCAGAGCCCUGCCAUUGUGGCAGCUGUUCAGGGCAACCUCCUGCCCAGUGCCAGCCCACUGCCAGACCCAGGUACCCCCCUGCCUCCAGACCCCACGGCCCCAAGCCCAGGCACAGUCACCCCUGUGCCACCUCCACAGUGAGGAGCCAGCCAGACAUCUCUCUCCCUCACCCCCUAUGGAGAUCAAGGUUCCAGGAACAGCCCUCUCCCCACCACUGGGACCCUUCCCCAGCCUGGAGAGUUCAUCACUACGUAAGGAAAGCUCCUCCUGCCCCUCCAAAGCCCCCGCCAUGCCUGUCAGGGGCAUGCAUUUUUAUAUUGGAUUAUUCAAGGACUUCUGUUUAAAAGAUGUUUCUAAUUUCUGGGAGAGAGGAUAGGAUGGGGAUGCUGCCCUUGAAGAAAGGGCUGGGGAAAAGUGUUUCUACAAGGUUCUAAUUAACCACUUCUAAGGGUGCACCCCCUCAAAGCUACUGCAUUUUUUAUGGAUAAAACAAAAUUAAGCCCUUUAAAGGAAGUAGAGAGAUAAAAAAGCCACAUUGCAGCUUCCUCCACCCACUCAAAACAAAACAAAACAAACAAAAAAAACACCCCACCCAACUUUUACAUUUUUUGGAGGAGGGAGGUGACAGGAAAGGGGGAUUUAAGGUUCUGGGAGAGCUCUGGGGAUAGAAUAGGGUGCCGAAUCUGUCUCUUCCAGCCCCCACUGUUAGUGACCGAAUCAAUUCCCCACCCCCCUCAGCUGCCCCAUCCCCAGUUUAUUCCUACUAAUCUCUCCUGCUGCUUCCUCAGUGUUGCUGUUCUAGGCCACCCCAGCUCAGCCAAUGACCCCUUUCCCUCUGAAUGUCAGUUUUGUGUUUUUAAAAGUCACCUGCGUAGUUGAUGUCAGCGUAUGUGUAUUUGGUGGGGAAACAUAUUUUGGGGAUUCCUGUGGUAGGUAAUAGAGGAAGAAAGGGCACUGUUCUUCCUCCUCCCUGGGCCCUGUCACUGGGCUCCUAGAAGACAUGGAGAAGGGAGCUAGAGAGGAUGGGGAGUUGUUAACCUGAAUUUUUCAAAAAGCACUUAAGCACCUCCUUAUGACUUGGUGGGUCACCCCUCUAACCUCUUCCCUCUUCCCCCAGUACCAUCAGAACCUUGACUGGUAGCUAGGGGUUCCCUGGGAUUUAGGGACAGUGGAGGGGUGCCCGACCUAGGGUAGUGCCUACUGCCAGCUUGCAGCUAGGCUCUGCUCCCUGGAUUCCACUGCCUCCCCUACCGUCUCUCCCUUCCACAUCCUUGAUGUGAAGGCAGAUGGGACUCCAGGCUCUCCACCAGUUCCUUCCCAGUCCCUCCCACCAAGCUUUGUUCCUCACGUCCCGUGUUUCUCUUCCUCUGCGUCUUCGCACCUUUCUUCUGUUCAAGAGUUUUCUGUAAAUUUUUUUUUCUUUUCUUUUCUUUUUCUUUUUUCUUUCUUUUUUUUUUUCUUCUUUUUUUUUUUUUUUAUAAAUUAAUUUGCUUUCAGUUCCAUCUUGUGAAUGCCUUCUGUGUUCUCUUACCUGUGGCUGUCAGGCAGUGGGAUUGGGCUGGGGGGGGGGUGGGGGGGAGUCUUCCAGGAGUCCUUCCCAGGGGCUCGCACCUCGGCUGGAGAGGCACUGAGCAAGCCAGGCACAGAUACUGGGCCUCUCUCCACAACAGGCUAAAGGCAGCACAGCGGUCAGGACUGUGCACUGGUAUGGGAGCUGGGCAGAGGCUCUCACCUGCCCUAAAAAUAGCUGUUUGAGACUUGGAAGGACAUCCUCACAACCUGGAGAUUUUGUAUACUUAUCCUUUCAGAAGUAAUGGCUCCAUUCCUUCCCUUAUUAGGCGGGAAGAAGGCAGGCAUCUCACAGACUUGUUAUUAUUGGCCCCUAGCCCUGCCAAGGUGACGGACAGGCUCAGGCUGUGCUAAUAUGGCCUGGCUUUAGCUCCAUUCAGACACUCCCUGGGCUUCCUCCACAAAAGGACUUCAGUGCUUGGGAGGGUAAAGGCUGGGUUUAGCCAGCUGGAGGGCUAGGAGAGGACUCAGCUGGAUAGGAUAGAACGAGGGUUGCCAGUCUUGGUCCUACAGGGAUUUAUGGCUUCUUUAAUCCCCCAAGGGGUAGCCUUUGUAGCAUAAAUGAAUGGGGCCAGCAUUUCUUCAAUGACAAAGAUGGAUCCUUCAAGCCCUUUCCCAGCUUUCCCAACCCCUGGUCUAUUGACCCUCUCUCCCCCUCCACCCUGCUUGGGAAGGAAAGCAGAACCGCACUUAGGGGCACAGAGCAAGUUUAUUUGGUGAAUGCUGAACGCAAAUAACAUCCAAGAGAGACAAGCUAGCAAAAGUGCUUGUGACAAGAGGACCUAGGAGGCCUUUAGACCUACAUGCACAGUAUCAACACAGGGGAAGGUAUGGGGCUUGGGCACACCAGGAACAUCCUCAGCCAUUCAGCACCAUGCGGACGAGCUCUGUGGAUAGAAGAGAGGGGUGAGCCAGGUAGUAGGGCAGGGGGAGGGGUCCACCAGGGGCCAGCAGACCACAAGACCACAAAGGUAGCAUAAGAACAUGCCCACAGAACCCAACCUUGGGUUUGUAGAGGCCACCUUGGGUCUUCCCAGUUCUCUCAGCCCCCAGCUUCCCUCCCACCAGCUGUUAGCUUCCCCACCGUCUCCCCGAGCAGCAAGAACACAGCAGAGGCAGGAAAGUUCUCAACUACACCUACAGCUACUGUCAGCCAUUGGCAGGAGAAGACAGAGGUAUGGGUUAGGGUACCUCCAAGCUGCCCAGCAGAAGGAAAAAGAAAAGACUAUUGAGCUAUAGCAGCACAAUGGGGCAGGCAACCAACCCCCCCUAUGCCAACCACCUGUGCGCCAGGGCCAAAGGAUCACCCUGAAGCAAGACGGAGACAGGCUGGUGUGAGUUCCCAGACACCAGCACCCUGGGCCCUAUGAGCAAAACCUCAGAGCCCAUUUUAGGAGAAAAGGAGGUACCACACCCCCAGGCUGUCUUCCUCUUUGAGGAACCCCUCCCCUCCCCAGUCAGCUCCAUGCAGAAACAUGCUAGGAGGAAGUCAGAUGGUAGUAGGGGAAGGGCAGGGGCUAGAGAGCAAAGGUUGGGAAGAAAAACACCAGGGAGGGCAACUAGAGAAGGGGAGGCUGGGAGGAGCCGUACCCGCCCCAUGGGCCCGUCACCCCGACAGGAUAUGCCUCACAAAUGCUGCAGGAAGGAAGAGACAUUAAUGGUGAAGACAAGACACAGACAUGGGGUGAAGGGGUCAGGUGGUGGGGGAACAGACAUUCCCUUUAUUUUACUUCCCAUUCUUUCCCCACCCUUCACACAUUAUCCCUUCCUUUCUUGUCAUACCCCUGUGGCCUCCCACUCCUGGGCUGGGCUGGGCCCUGCCCCUUGCCUCGUUCUUUUUGGAGCCCAGGGACAGAGAAAGCCCCAAAUACUGGGCGUGACCUGCUUAUACAACUGCUUUCUCCACAAGAGCCCCAUUCAUCCCUCACCUUCAUAGUUGAUACAACCAUUGCUGUCCUCAUGUCCUGCCACCAGCAUCUCUACUUCUUCCUCUGUCAUCUUCUCACCUGCAAAGGGAAAGAAAAACAUUUUGGGAACUGGGUAGCAGGUGUGUUAUCAGGCGGCACUGCUCAAAGAGCAAGGGCAGAGCCUUACCCAGUGUGACAAGGACAUGCCGGAUUUCAGCACCCAUGACGGUGCCAUUCCCUUCCUUGUCAAACACCCGAAGGCCUUCGACAUAGUCCUCGUAGGUGCCCUGGUCCUUGUUCUUGGCCACAGUCUGCAGCAUGGGCAGGAAGUGUUCAAAGUCCAGCACCUUCACAUUCAUCUCUGCCAUAAAGAAGGUGGAAGGAAAGUCACACAGGUUCUCAGAACUGAGGAGAUUACAGGGAUCACAAGUGAGCAGGCAGCUCCCACACAAGGCAGGAGAGAUCAGUGGGAUUUGCUAGUUGAGACAAACCUGCUUGAGUUCUGGGCCUACGAAGAUAAAGGGAAGCUCUCAGCUGAAGAACUGUAGGCCCAUUACCACACUGAGAAAUUGUUCUUGAAGACCCUCACCAUCACUCUUGGGAUUCCCCAGGACCUUGAGCACCUCGGCGUUGGUGGGGUUCUGGCCCAGGGCCCUCAUUACGUCCCCGCAUUGGCUGUACAGGAUCUUGCCAUCCCC